ACGCGCGCGCGUCAUCCACAUUCAAACCGGUGCAGAAAGCGGAAUAAUAAAGAGUCAUUAAUUCAGUGAAGAAGAAGAAAUAUACCAUUUGCAGGAACAUUUGAGCCUCAAAUGUGACUCAAGUCGACUUUUUCAGAGCUGCAAAACAGUAAUGUGAAAGAGAACACUUCCUGCAUUGUUAUAAGAAGAAACUGGAGAUGAGACUUGUGGGAUUCUGGAGGACUGGGCACAUCUGUCCGCUGCUGGCUAUGCUGCUUCAGUUACUUCUGCCUGCUGUUCGAGCUGACAGAGCCUGGAACCAGUACAUACCACGACUGCAGCUCUCGCAUACAGAGCUGUGGUCCAGGAACAAUUCAGCCAUGUUCCGGUACAGUGGAGCAGGUGUUCACGGGUAUUAUGAGGUUCUGCUGUUGGAUGAGGAUCGUGGCUGGCUGCUGGUCGGAGGAAGAGACCAUGUCUACAUGCUCGACUCUGAGAACCUGACCAAGAUUAUCCACAAGAUCCACUGGCCAGCUGGAAGGGAACAUACCGAACGCUGCAAACACGCAGGGAAGAAUCUGUUGACUGACUGUGCCAAUUUUGUGAGGCUCCUUCAGCCAUUCAACAAAACUCAUGUGUAUGCAUGUGGAACCGGAGCGUACCACCCGAAGUGUACGUGUAUUGACCUGGGCCACAAUGUCGAGGAACCGGAGUUUAGACUUCUGAGCAAUGCUGUCGAGUCCGGGAGAGGGAAAUGCCCCUUUAGUCCACAUGAGCCAUUCACUGCUCGACUCACCGAUGGAGACUUGUACGCAGGAACGUCAGUGGACUUCAUGGGAAACAAUGCAGCCAUAUUUCGUAGCUCUGUGCACACAACCAGUCAGCACUACAUUCGCACUGAGGCUUAUAAUGACCACUGGCUCAAUGAACCAGAGUUCGUGGGCUCAUACUCCAUCCCAGACACACACAGCCUCGACGAUGACAAGGUUUAUUUCUUCUUCAAGGAAACAGCUGUGGAGUCCAACCAGCUGGAUAAGCGCAUCUACAGCCGAGUGGCUAGAGUGUGCAAGAAUGACAUUGGCGGGAAGCGGAGUCUGAUUAAUCGCUGGAGUACCUUCCUAAAGGCCAGGCUGCUCUGCUCAGUGUCAGGCCCAGGAGGCAUGGACACACACUUCGAUGAGCUCGAGGAUAUAUUUCUGUUGGAGACCAAAGAGCCACAAAAUCCAAUUAUAUACGGAGUCUUCUCAACUUCAAGCUCUGUCUUCCGAGGCUCGGCCGUAUGCGUCUACUCAAUGGCGUCCAUCCGAGCUGCUUUCAAUGGGCCCUUCGCCCACAAAGAAAGCCCUGACUACCACUGGGUGGAGUACAAAGGCAGGAUCCCAUACCCACGUCCAGGGACGUGCCCAAGUGAGACGUACGACCCGUUGCACAAGUCUACCCGUGACUUUCCCGACGAGGUUAUGACCUUCAUGAGAGGCCACCAACUGAUGUGGGAGCCAGUCGUGCCAAUUCACAGACGGCCACUGUUUACUCACGUUAACGCCCCCUACAGACUGAAGAAGUUGGUAGUGGAUAGAGUGGAUGCAGAAGAUGGUCAAUACAGUGUUCUACAUUUGGGUACAGAUGAUGGCAAGGUUCUGAAAGUGGUAUCCAUUCCCAAGGAGAACUGGGAAACUGAAGAAAUCAUACUGGAAGAGUUAAAUGUGUUUCAGAGUCCGAUCCUGAGCAUGGAGCUCUCUACCAAGAGGCAAGCUCUAUUUGUGAGCAGUGCAGAGGCGGUGGCUCGGUUGCCCCUGCAGCGGUGUGAACUUUAUGGGAAAGCCUGCGCCGACUGCUGCCUGGCCCGGGAUCCUUAUUGCGCCUGGGAUGGCACCACCUGCACCAAUUAUUUCCCCACUAACAAGAGACGUUCCCGUCGACAGGAUGUGAGAUACGGUGACCCAUUGAGCCAGUGUCAGGAUCUGGGAGAUGGUUCUGAGAAAAUUGAGCUGAAGGUGGUUUAUGGAGUAGAGAACAACUCGACCUUCCUGGAAUGCAUGCCUUCUUCACCACAAGCAACAGUCAAAUGGAUCAUGCAGCAAAAACACAGCCAGAGCACCAAAGAGCUGCUCCCUGGUGAAGAUGUCAUCCUCACAAAACGAGGUCUCCUCCUGCAGCGGAUAACUUCUUCAAACGCCGGUCUCUACCUGUGCACAGCUCACGAGUACUCAUUCUCUCGCACGCUAGCUCGCUACGAGCUUCAAGUCAUCUCCGAGCAGCAUGUUGCAAAUGCGCGCAGCACUCAUCACACUGACCCCAAAGUGGGUGGUAAUUACGUACCAUCCUCGCUGAGCUACAAGGAGCUGCAUUUGAUCGGCGUUAGCGGUCUAACAGCCGAUGAGUACUGCGAGCAGCUGUGGUACCGCGAGAAACGGAGACAGAAACUGCGCACACUAAAGUGGAAGCAGAGCGCAGAGAACCGCAAGGCUCGAGUUCGGCGGCAAAAUCCACCAAAUGAGCCACUCCAGUGAAACCAGAUGAACAGACAUUUGAGAAAAACAAAAGGACAUUUGGGUUUGUCUUGGAAGAACAGCAUAGCAUUCUAAAAUUAGCCACAUUAGCAUUGUCACUGUUGAUUAUGAAAGGAAUCCAGAUUGCAAACAUGAGUAUAUGAAGAAAUAAUUAAGAACAACCAAGCAAGGUGCAAAGUUGAGAAAAAAUACUUUUGAACGGUUAGAUGAACGAUUUCAAUAGUGAACAUAAACACAUAUUUGGCCAGAGAUCUGUUAUGUUGCUGUGCCUUAAGCAGUGUUUUAGUCAGUAUCAGAGGUCAUAAAUUCAUUAGCAAGUCCACUGGUGCCCCUUUUCCACCAAAGCAGUUCCAGGGCUGGUUCGGGGCCAGUGCUUAGUUUGGAACCGGGUUUUCUGUUUCCACUGACAAAGAACUGGCUCUGGGGCCAGAAAAACCGGUUCCAGGCUAGCACCAACUCUCUGCUGGGCCAGAGGAAAGAACCGCUUACGUCAGCAGGGGGGCGGAGUUGUUAAGACCAACAACAAUAACAAGACCGUGAAAGAUCGCCAUUUUUAAGCGACGAGAAACAGCAGCUGUAUAAACGCGAAGUCAUCCAUUCUUAUUAUUAUUGUUGUUGCUGCUGCUGCUGCUUCUUCCGUGUUGUUUUUGCUUCGAUAUUCGCGCCAAGGUUUAUGCAAACGUAGCGACGUAACUGACGUAUACAGCGACGUAAUGACGUAUACAACGACGUAACUGACGUGUACAGCGACGUAAUGACGUGGCUUCCCUUAGCACCGUGAGCUAUGGAAAAGCAAACUGGUUCUCAGCUGGCUCGCAAGUUGAACGAGUUGUGAACCAGCACCAGCACUGGCCCCGAACCAGCCCUGGAACUGAUUUGGUGGAAAAGGGGUAUGGGUAAGGGAAUGCAUCAAUUCACUCCAUGGAAUACCAUGAUCCGGUUCCUGAAAUUGCUGCACUUGUUGAAUCAAAUAUAGAAGACAUAAAGACAUGCACUGGAGAAAAAAAAAGUCAGAUAUUCUGUUAGCUCGUCAAAUUUGCAUUCAAAAAAUUUAACCCAAAUACAUUAUAUUGCCAAAAGUAUUUGCUCACCCAUCCAAAUUAUCGGAAUCAGGUGUUCCAAUCACUUCCAUGGCCACAGGUGUAUAAAAUCAAGCACCUAGGCAUGCAGACUGUUUUUACAGUUUGGAGCUGGCCCCUUCCGCUUCCAACAUGACUGUGCACCAGUGCACAAAGCAAGGUCCAUAAAGACAUGGAUGACAGAGUCUGGUGUGGAUGAACUUGACUGGCCUGCGCAGAGUCCUGACCUCAACCCGAUAGAACACCUUUGCGAUGAAUUAGAGCGGAGACUGAGGUGGGGUUUACAUUAGACCGUAUCAGCGGAUCAUCAGAUUAACGUUUUUAAAACGAUUAGCGUGCACACAGCAACACCAAUACACAAUUCGCGUGCACACAGCAACGCCAAUACACGGAUACGCUCAGCUCCACAGGCAUCCUGCGCUCCAAAUCACUCCGCCCUGAACAGCGAGUGCCCUCUGGAGGGUGCGCACUCCGGCCCUGCGCAGCUCACAGAGCGCGCGAGUGAAGCGCACGAGCAGUGAUUCGGGACUGAGCCGCUGUGUGUGUGAUCUCAGUGCAUAUCACUUACCACUUGCAAGUGUAAGGAUGGCAAGCCUAAAGACAAUCAUAACUACACAAUGGGCAGUAUUUGCAUCAGUAUUUGCAGUAUUUUCAUACUUUUAUACUCUUUAAUGAAAGGUGAUACAAGGCGGAAGUCCGCGCCGUUUUUCAGCAGUCGUGUCACAUGACCAACACCAGCGAAUCAGGAAGGUGGAUGUCACAGUGACGUUGUCCAAUGACGACGCCUGCUAGAGCUCAGCACAGCGUAUCUGCGUAUUCUCAAUGUUUACACAGUACCGGAGCUGACACGAUCUGGAUUGAAUACGUGGACGCUGGCGGAUUCCCGUUUCCCGGCGUUUCCAGGCGUUUUAAUGUAAACGGACAGUGCAUCCGCGAAGAACACGAGACAGAUACGGUCUAAUGUAAACUUGGCCUGAGAGCCAGACCUUCUCGUCCAACAUCAGUGUGUGACCUCACAAAUGCGCUUCUGGAAGAAUGGUCCAAAAUUCCCAUAAACACACUCCUAAACCUUGUGGACAGCCUUCCCAGAAGAGUUGAAGCUGCUGUAGCUGCAAAGGGUGGACCGACGUCAUAUUGAACCCUAUGGAUUAGGAAUGGGAUGUCACUUAAGCUCAUAUGUGAGUCAAGGCAGGUGAGCAAAUACUUUUGGCAAUAUAGUGUAUGUGUUGCGGCCUGGAAAACCCUUAACAUGGUGACAUUUCCAUGUUUCCUCCUGCGUACGCAUACAGGACUGCGCAAAAGUCUUAGGCACCCAGUUUUUUUCAUACAGACUUUGUUAUGGAUUUCUAUUUUAUGACUUGUACAUUAUCGAGUCAGUACAAAAACGUUUUCGAGUUCCAAGCGUUCAUUUUCCAGCGCAAAAUUAAAUGUUACCGAAAAAAAAGUUUGUAUCUGAGCCACAUAUUACACAAGAGAGCACUUUUCAGAUUAAAAAAGAAAACGUAAUGAAGGCUACUGGGUGUUGGUGCAAAAUGAAGACGCAAAUGUGACAGUGUCCAGAAGAACUGUGGCUGCUUCUGUAAGAUGCUCAGUAAAACCUACAGCUCAUUUCCGCAUAAAACUGCACUCAUUGGACCUGAGACUACUAUUUUUUUAAAGCAAAGGGUCAUCUCAGACCAAAUAUCGACUUUGUUUCAUUUAUUAUGGUUUACUGUUUAUAGUAUUUUUUUUAUGUUGAUACAUUUAAUUUCAGUAUUUUUAAGCCAUUUUUAGUCGACAGCAUUUCUUUACAUGUGCCUCAGACUUUUGCACACUACUGUAUAUUUGUGAAAACUAUAGGCGUGUUUAAGAACUUGAUUAAAGCCUGACAUUUGCUGUUUGAGGAUAUCGCACUGGGCGGCGCAGUGGUGUAGUGGUUAGCGCUGUCGCCUCACAGCAAGAAGGUCCGGGUUCAAGCCCUGUGGCCGGCGAGGGCCUUUCUGUGCGGAGUUUGCAUGUUCUCCCCGUGUUCACAUGGGCUUCCUCCGGGUGCUCCGGUUUCCCCCACAGUCCAAAGACAUGCAGGUUAGGUUAACUGGUGACUCUAAAUUGACCGUAGGUGUGAAUGUGAGUGUGAAUGGUUGUCUGUGUCUAUGUGUCAGCCCUGUGAUGACCUGGCGACUUGUCCAGGGUGUACCCCGCCUUUUGCUCGUAGUCAGCUGGGAUAGGCUCCAGCUUGCCUGCAACCCUGUAGAACAGGAUAAAGCGGCUAGAGAUAAUGAGAUGAGAUGAAUGAGAUGAGAUGUUGACCUUGAAAUGUCAAACUGAAGGUCGCGGAUUCACCUUGUAAGGUGGAUAGGCUAGACUGACGGGCGAGGUUUGCUUUGCCUGGCAACACUUGUUCAAUUGGUGUUCAAUUGUACUUAAAAUGUGGUUGACUAAUUAUAAGGCAGGUUAGUAUAAUAGUUGUGUUCUGAGCUCAGGUUGCUGUCUGUGUGGAGUCUCACAUUGAACAUGUUCUCCUAUUAUCCUCUGGGCUUCUCCAUUUUCCCAACAACACGCAGGGGAGUGGAAUGGUGACUCUAAAUUGCCCGAAGGUGUGAAUGAGUGUGUGAAUGUAUGUGUGAACAUGGUGCCCCCUGAUGGACUGGCAUCUCAUCCAAGGUGUAUUCCUGCCUUUGAGUUCGUCAUUUGAUUUUGUCACUUCCUGGCAAAACCUGUGAUGCUUUCAAAAGGCCACAGCUCUGGUUCCUCAGGCGCAGUGACAUUGCUAAUCAGCUAAUUCCAUAGAAUAAAUUAUCAAACACCCAGGCUGCCUGAAACAAGCUCAUUCAAAUAUGAGGCCGCUUUAUGUACAGUAGAUGUUGCAAAGAUUCAUAUAUCAGUGUGUUAUGAACUUUUGAAAUACAGAAGAUCUGAUCUGACCACAGCAGGUGUCUUCGGAGGAAGCUCCUCAUACUUCUUAAGCACGCCAGGAUGUUGUUCUCUUACCAGGAACGCCGUCCUUCUCAUAAGUCUGUACUCUGUUUGUGGAUGCACUGAAAAGAAAUUACAAAUCAUAAGAAACUGUGUAACUCGGAUGCUAAUAUGGUUGCGGUACCAGUUAUUAGCAUGGCCUCUUUUGAUCUCUGAUAGCCUUCAUUCACUGCUAGCAACAUGGAACUUUUUAUGGUUAAGAAGUGCUUUAAGUCUCUCAUGAGAUAAUGAUCAUUUGUGAUACUCUGGUUUGAUGGAAGAGGCUCAGGCCCUGUCCACACGGCAACGGAUUCAGGUGACUCCGAUACAAUUGCUUAUCGUUUAGGCCUGGCGUCCACAUGGCACCGGCGUUUUGGGUGCCCAAAACGCAAUCUUUUUGAGAACGGGUUCCAGAGUGGAAAGAUCUGGCAACGUUGCCGUUGUGAAGUCGUCUGGAUGAGUAGAACGGAUUUGUUUACGAUGACGUCACAACCACAUGACUGUGAGUGCUUCACGCCGGGUAGAAGUGUAACGAACUCGAUGCGAGUUGUCAACAAAUCCUAUAACUUGGUUCAUGAAACGCGCUUACAAAAUAUUUUCACUGUGAAUAUUUAUUGUGUAAUGGUGCAAAGUGAGAGAGAGAGAGAGAGAGAGAGAGAGAGAGAAUAGCCCUUAGGGCAGAGUCAAUCCCGCCAGCAAAAAUAGGGAAAAAAAGGAGCGAUCUCACCUCUUCAGAUGUUGGUUUAAGUCCUACAAUACAUUCCUCAAAAAGGGCGUAGAAGAGCAAAUUAAUCCAUCAACGUGUAGCAUUCAAUUUAUUCCGGACCAUUAAAGACGCCGCCUUCCGCGUAGAAUCAUACGUCAUCCUCGCCGCCAUAUUGGAUAGGUCAAAGCGGAGAAUAAAGAUUAGCUGCGUUUAACUGUACCAACAGGUUUGCUGUCCAAACGAGAUCACAUGGGAUUACCUUUCACAGAUGAGACUGGAAAAAUACUUUUCAUUGUAUUUGGUCAUUAUAACAUAAUUUUACGAACAGAUUUUCCUGACUUUGUGGCUAAUAUGAAGUCUCGCGCAUAAUAGUUUAUGCGCAUGCGUCCUUACUUCUUCUAUUGUUCUGGUGUCUCCGAAGGGACCGUCUUACAGCGCCCCUAAAGGUGUGGCAUGUGUAUUGCAUCGUUUUCAGCAAGCGUUGCGUUGCCAUAUGGACCUGAUAUUUUACUGACCGUUGCCCAUUUGGACGCGAUAUAUUUUUAAAUAACAUCUCGUUGCCGUUGUCGUGUGGAUGUAGCCUCAGUGUUCCAAUUUGGGCCACACGUUUGCACGGAAAGAACAUUAUCAAAGCAUCUGGGAGGAAUGAGGGUGAAGUAGAGUGGACAGAAUUAAAAAAAAAAGCCAGUCUGAGUUUUGUCACUACUUAGGAAAAUGGCUUCCAGGUUGACUGGACCACAGUGAAAGGGAUUUCUUUCUUCUCAACCCGACAGGCGAGUAGGAAAGCAGCGUCCAAGCUGGCCUGAUGUUUGGAAGAUAAAGAAAUGCAAAACAACAUGGGUUGCUUCAGCGAAUAUGUGACGGUUUAUCGAAAUUAGCGCAUCUUGUAAACAAUGUUUAAACUUUAAUCAGAUCUCUGCAUUUUGUAUUCCAGCGUUUUUACUAUGUCCACAUUUACAGGGCUAAUAUAAAGACUUUAUAUUUGAUAACUAAUUUACUCAAGCAGUUCUUUGUACUUUUUGUGCUGAGAAAAAUAUGCAUCAUGUUUAUGUUCGUUUUAUUUGUUCGGUGUAUAUGUUGUGCUUAUAAGUUAAAAAUUCACCCAGUGUGUGGUAUUGAACAAUACGUUUGCGUGUCAUAACACUAAGCUGAUAAAGACUCAGGAUGUUUUGAGCAACUGGAACAUUGUGGUUGUUCAAUUCCAUCUGCUGUUCAUUUUUACUCUGGUGUGCAUCAGUGAUAUAAUUAUUCAAAAAAAAAAAACUUGCUUGAUGUAUUUCAUUAGAUCACAGCUUCAACCAGUGACCUCUUGAGAAAGCAAAAUGUUUGACAUCAUUAUUGAAUCGGAGCUAUUUCAUUUUAUUAACAAUAUAAUUUAUGGUUUAUAUGGUUUGUGCUUGGAUCAGACAGAUGACUCUGCUGUCACCUAAAAUUACACGUUUAUCUCAUUGUGUACAGAUUUUUUUUUCCUAAUUUUUUUCUGUAUAAACUAAUAUUUGUGUGAAAUCCAUUAAAA